AUGAGGGUGGUGCAAGUCACUGCACUGCUCUCAGUCGCAACACUCGUUCCGUCCACUGCUGGGAUUGCUUUGCCUCGAUUCGACUCUGGCCAACAGAGCCCGAGGCGCUUUCCUCGUAAUGACACUGCAAUCGCGACUGCCAGCACCACUCGCUUGUCGCCGUUGAUACAAGCUCCUCAGAUUACAACGUCGUCACAAGAAGAUGAUUUUGUUUCUCUUUCAAGCCAAACUUCUCCCGUCGAAAGCUUGGAGGUAGUCACAUUGGAGACAACCUCUAAUUCUGGGAGUGAAGCAGUUGGGCUACCUUUGACUACUACAGAACUGGGCAACGAUUCGACAACUUUGUCAUUAGCGCAGUAUCCUUCAGCUAGGACUGUGUUAUCACUGACGACUGAACAGCUGGAUCAUGACCUGGCCAAUUCAUCUACAAGUGCUGGAGUUACUCUGUCAACACAACGACCUCUCGAGUCCUUGUCCUUCUCACAAGAGGUUUCCGGGUUUACCACCCCAACUAAUGGCAUUGCUUUGGCUUCUUCCUCCGAUUGGAAUCGCGAUAAAGAUGUCAUCUCGGACGAGACACAAGAUACAAUCCAUGCCACAAUACAGAGGAGGCCACAUGAGGGCUUCGCCCGCCCCUUAAUCACGACAGCGCCCAACAACACCAACCCCAAAUCCCAAACCUGUGGUCCAGGUUCUAAAAUUCCGUGCGCAUGGAUACCCUCCCCCUCUGCCAGCUCAAGAGGAUGGAACGGCACACAUACUCCUGGACCUUGGACGUCAGGAACACUGACGGUGAUAACACCAACAUCAGCUCCUUGCACGACCUUGCAGUCUGAUGAACCAGUCACUGAGUAUUCAAUUGUAUAUACGUCAACAGUGACCUUCUUCGGGAAUAUCAGUGAAUAUACGGCUCCAUACCCAACAAUCACUACUCCCAAUUUUUGCCAGACAGAGCCUGUUGGUGCAACACUAUCCAGCAAUGUUGGUGGACCGCUACCCUCUUCUACCACACUGUCACCUAAAGAGCCUCCGAAAAAAUGCAUGUCAGGUGAAUUUUGCUCUACAGACAAAAUCCCUGAAUUUUCAAACCCUACAAUUUUUCCGGCUCCUGAUGUGCCAGGGCAAACUUUCACGUCCAUGCGACCAACAGUCACAUUUAUAACCACGGACAAGAAUCCGGCCGUUGUCUUUACUACAAAAUCGCCUCCGCGCUUCGACAUGCCGACAAAGGGAGGUGGGCUACCCAUGAGUAACAAGAAAGAGCCUGCGCCUACCAAAGAGCUGCGCCCAAAUCGAGUACAGUCCUCGAAGGAUCACGGUAAGGCCGCUUCUCAGCCACAGCCUACGUCAGGAGAUCAGUCACACGGCCAACCUCAACGUAAUCCGCAGCCUGGUUUUGAGCCUGGAUCUGGUUCUAGUCCUGAUGCUGGAUCUGAGUCCGAUCCUAAACCUGGUUCUGGAUCCAGUUCUGGAUCCAAUUCUGGUCCUAACAACAACUCCGACCCAGAGUAUAGUUCACGGUCCGAUUCUGAUUCCAACUCUGAUCUUGGUCCCAAUUCCGAGCCCAAACUUAUCCCCAUUGCUGUACAGACUAAGACAUUUGUGGUGACAGCGAGAGACCAAGAAGUUAUCGUUAAUGAUAAGACUUUCUCAGGUCUCAAGAUGGACCAGACUACAACAGUCACCGUCGACCAUGGGACAUUUACAAUCCGUCCAACAGAGGUGGCUGGUGAAGGGGCAACAAUAAAGAAACCACAGCCUGCUGGAACUGUGGUCUCUGUUGUCAGCCCUACCAGCGCAAUACUUGGACAGGUGCCUGUCGCGGUUUCAGGAACAGAGGCUUCAGUCGGUGGUACUACGGUCAGAAUUCCUCUCAUGGGCACAACUAUGAGAUUGGGAAUUCCCACAGAGGGCUCGAAUACCUUGGUUGAUGAACGGGACGUCUUUAUUGCGCCUGAUAGAAUUGUGGUAGAUGGUGAAACCCUCAAGUACCAUGGGGCAGGUGCUCCUCAGACAGACGUGAUCAUAGAAGGUGGCGAGAUGGUUACUGCGGUUGGGCAAUCUGUCUUCGUCUUCCGAUCGACGACACUGACUUAUGGGCCGAGCAUCCCCGGUAUUACUGAGACGAUCGACGACGAUAUUGUUACAAUAGGGCCUGCGGGUGUCGUUGUUGAUGGCACGACUCUUGGGGGUCCUGAGGCUGAAGCUGGAGAUACAAAGCGUCAAAUUGUUGGUGGAGCGACGAUUACCAAGGUCAAUCCUUCGUACAUAAUCGUUGACGAGACGACUUUCUCAGCUGGUCCAGGUGCUAAGAGCACCACAAAGGAGGCUGGAGGCGAGACUAUCACAAUUGGACCCCAGGGUAUUGUCAUCGGCACAUUAACAAUCAGAUACCCCUUUGGUGUUUCGACUGUUACCACUAUCGAAGCAAAAGCGACAGGUUCUGCGAUGUUGCCUGCAGCUACUGGGACCAAUAAUAAUAAUAAUGCCAAGGUGGAUAGCAAGGAUGAUGAUGACAGUGGUGCAGCUUUUCUGAGAUCUGGGUUAACGAUGGAAAUGACUGGAUUAUGCAUAGCGAACAAGCGAGAAUAUUCUAAGUUGAGGGUAGAGCAUAGGAAGCUAUCAGGCUUAUCCAAUCCCUUAACACGAUGCCCUAUUGUGAUUAUCUAUUGGUCCGUUAUCAUCAUCAACACCUUGACAAUAUCUCGCGCCGGCUCAUUAUCGGCAAAGUGGAAUUUCGGGAACUCAACACGGCGCGCGGCAAAAACGACAAACUCCAUCCUGGAAUCAUCACCACCUCGUCUCCGACUUCCUCCUCACCUUCGCAGCGAUACAGCCCAACAGCGCAUAACCGACCCUCCCAAUCUUCCAAACUUAUUCGCCCCGGCACCCCAGACUGUGCAGACACCUUGUGCACGGUCAAUAACCUUCUUCCCCGAGUUCCAACCCUUCAGCUAUAUGCAACAAGAGUCUCUCGAGCAUACAAAACCUUUGAUUCAACGAGACAACCCCUUUGAAACCCCAUCUUCCCAGCAUGGCCCCCUUCACCAUGUCCCGAGCGGCCUCCGCCGUGUCUAUUCCGGAGACUCAAGUGGCGCUGACACUGGCUCUGCACCAGCGCUCCAUCAAGACUCGAGCCAUGACGUCGAUGCCGACUUACUCGAUGAGGAGCUACGUCGACUGAGUCCAAGACAUCACUCGUCUGCUCAACCUUCUGCUCCAGGUCAGCGCAUCUCCGAAUAUGAGAAUGCAAUGACUCCGCCUACUCCAAAGAAAGCACUGGGUUUCAAGGUUAUCAAGCGUUUUGAUACACCCUCUGGCGGAGUCCUGCUCGAAGAUUUUCCGAAUGAGAUCCUGACGCAUAUCUUCUCGCAUCUGCAUUCCGAUUCUCAUGCUACUAUCGCUCUUGUUUCGAAACGCUUUUAUGCCCUUAUCACCAGCUCUCACGCCUGGCGCAUGGCCUUCCUGCGAUUCUUCCCUGGGCACGAAGCACUCGAUGCCAAGAAUCAUGUGGAUAUCUGGUCUGACAGUUCGCCUGAUUUGAUCCAGUCCGAGUCUCGAUACUUCACUCGUCUUACGCCGUUGGCAUCCUGGAGAAAAGAAUACCUUCUUCGCACGCGCUUGGUUAGAUGUCUGGCUCGUGGUAAACCAGGUGCCUCUGUUGCCUCAGGCGGUAUUGGCGCAUCUGUUCGCAGCGGGAAGAAAACCAGUGCUGUCCUGACUUACAACUCCAAGCUGCCAUGGGCUGUAACGAACGUCCAUGCUGUCUUUACAAACGGCAAAAAGCCGCCCAAAGCGAUCCAUGGUUCUGCCGAUCUUGGAGUAGCAUCAGUCAGUGAUCCUACCAACGGAAGGGUCGAGAAAUGGGGAUUUGUUGAUCCUUUCAAUGCAAUGCAGCUUGACGAGGUGUUUCCCAACCUUGUACCCUUCGGCUUAGGAGACGGCCCCGCGGCUACUCCCAACGUUCUCGAUGUUAGUCAGCCAUAUGGCGCACUUGCAGGUGAGGGUUUCCCAGGAGGUCGUCCAUACUACCGCCCUGUUGGCGAAAUCCGUGGGCGAUACCUCGGAGGGGUUUCUGGUGUCGUUGAUACAUAUCCCGAUAUCCCCAAGAUCCCGGAAAUGUCCGAGGCCAUCUGUAGUGUGUGGCUGGCCAAGUCAGCAAACGUGCCUACCAGCACACAGUCAAUGGUUGGCAUGCUGACUGGUUCUACUCUUGGUGUUGUCACCUCAUAUGCUAUCGGAGGCGACAAUGGUCCUCAGCGUUACGAGUCUGGAGAUGUCACUGCUCGCUGGGUUCUCAGUCCUGGUGUGCCAAUCAUCGCUUUCAAGGUUGACGACAACUACAGUCAGAAACGUAAGUCUACAGGGAGGAUAUGGGCCGUCACCCUCAACGCCUUGGGCGAGGUCUAUUAUCUGACCGAGAUACCGACUACACAAAACCAAGACAAGAGCGAGGACGCCACCAAGAAUGCUUGGUUCGCUGGGCGAUCAGUCUGCUGGCAUCUCCUGGACUCUACUCGACGUGUUGCACGGCCAGACGAAUUGGACAAGAAUGCCAUCAAGGGCGCAUACUCGCCGCGGUCACCUUCCAACUCUAUGAAUUUGAGUAAGAGCCAAAUGGCUGCUGAGGCACGAGAAAUUGAAAAAUUCCUCCGUCACAAGCCUGCGCACUUUCGAAGAGCCUGUGAAGGAUGGGACAUGCAACGUAAGCUGGAAGUCGAUUUUGCCAACGACGAUAGCCAUGGUGCGGGCGAGAACAUCUUUGUACUUGACUGUGGUCUUGCCGAAGAUCGCUCUGCACAUAUCGAGCGUUAUACUCGGUCUCUAGUACCCCAAGACGCCCAAUCGUCUUCUGUCAUAUUAGCACCCACCCCUCCUGCCCCUUCAAUGGCAAAACAAGCAUCACUCUUUGGUGCUACGCAUACAGAGGCAUUGGAGGUUCUAGAGGAGACGGCGUCAGGCUCUGCGUCUCCUUCUUCGCUUUCGUCGUCAGAUUUCGUGUCUCACUUUCAUGAAUGGAAGAGUUGCUCAAUGUCAUUGAAAGGCCAAAGCCAUGCUGUUAUUACCAGUGUCUCGAUAGACUGUUCCAAUACGGCAGUUUUGACUCUUGGCGAAGAUCCUCUGCACGAAACUGAGGACGAAAUUCCAGGCCGCCGUUCCCGUUUGUUUGCUGUCGGAACAGAUGAUGGCGCCGUACUUGUCUGGAAUGCUCGUGAGGAUAGCAAGGCCGCUGAGAUCAACCCUGUGCGACAAAUCCAGACCGAAUCUCCUGAAGUGUCCUGCGUGGCUCUCUCGGCCAUGUAUCUUGUCCAUGGUGGAAACGAUGGCCUUGUUCAAGCAUGGGAUCCCCUCGCGUCGACAUUGGAUCCUGUCCGUACACUCAAUGCGAGGUCUAACGGCAGAGUGCCCCGACAUAUGAUGACAAUGAACCCCACCCUCGAUGAAUCGACUUAUUCAGCAGUCGGCGCUAUCUAUCUCGACCCCGACCCCACUGUCCUUCGAGGUGUUGUUUCUUUCGGUGCGUUUUUGAGGUACUGGGCAUACAGCUCUGCCAAUCACGCCUCGGGACGCAAGCGUCGGCUCAGACACACUGACGUACAUGGGCGUUUGGCCAGUCGUCGCCAAGACGGCAAGGUUACUGGAUUCAUCGCUGCUGAGGAAGCUGAGAUCAAACGCGACAAUGAAAUAAAGGCUAGAGAGCAAAACCGUCUGCGCAACCGCUUUGGUGUCGGUACGCUUGGGGACUUGACUGAGGAGGAGGCUUUGCGGUACGUACAGAUGGUUUCUGAGGAGGCGUUUCUCUUCGAGGAGCUUCGCCGAACUAGCGACUCAGCCGCUGAUGCAAGUCUGGACACCGCCUCGACAUUCAGCGAGACCACUGUUGACACUGUUACUCCUGAGCCUAGCGUCACUGACAUGAUAACCCCGCCCUCUGCAUCGACUGAUAAUAUUGGCCGAGCGCCCGUCGAGGACGACUACGAACAGCAAAUUCAACAGGCCAUCCGACUGUCUUUGAUGGAAGGCGUCAACGAGAACGGCUCAUCGCCUCAGGCGGUAGAUUCGGGUGACUAUGAGUUUUCUCUGACAUACAAGCCCAAGUCCAACAAAAAGGCCAAGGCCUCGAGAAGUGUAUCACCAGGUGCUUCCAAGGCGGACUCUUCAGGCCAUGCUGAGCCCAUGGACUAUGAUCUGGAGCUUGCCCUGAAGCUCAGCAUGGAGGAUCAGGGCUUGUAUCCAACUGAGGCAGAUUUAGGCUUUCAGUAUGAGGAGUUCCCGACUCUUGAGACUGAGGGCAUAGGCAAAGGCAAAGAUUCAGUCCUAGGUUUAAGGUCUGAUGCACCAAGUACCAUUGGCACUUGCAAAGGUGUCACCAAGGUGCCUAGCACAGAUUCAUGUUCACUCGUCAACUAUGGCUCAUUACUCAUACGUUCACCGCGUCAGGGGUACAAACUCUUUGCACAGUCCAACUUCAUGUGUCUCGAAAUAGGGUCUUGA